AUGAGAGUUCAAGACGCACCCCCUUUUACAGUAACUGGGGUCGAUUUCACGGGGGCGCUUUAUGUUAGAAACAGAAACGAUGCUGAGAAGAAAGCCUACAUUUGCCUCUUCACGUGCGCUUCUACACGAGCUGUUCAUCUCGAGGUGGUACCAGAUUUAUCUGAAGAAUCUUUCAUCCAGGCUUUCAGACGAUUUACCUGCCGAAAUUCACUACCCCGUAUCCUGGUAUCUGACAAUGCAACUACCUUUAACGCAGCAGCCAACAGCAUUCAGCUAUUAUUGAGAUCAGCGACUAUCCAAGAUACUUUCCAUAGCCAAGGCACCGAGUGGAGAUUCAUACCUAAGCGAGCACCAUGGUUCGGUGGGUGGUGGGAACGGAUGAUUGGACUAAUGAAAACCACCAUUAAAAAGGUACUAGGUCGUGCAUUUGUCAGCUACGAAAGCUUACGUACGAUCGUUACAGAGAUAGAGGGAGUCAUGAAUGACCGACCGCUUACCUACGUCACAACUGAUGCAGCAGAUCCGGAUCCACUUACGCCAGCGCACCUGCUCUACGGACGUCGUAUUACACCCCUUCCGCAUCUAGAAGAAGUUCCUGCACCCCAACCCUCUACACAAACGGACAUAUCCAAACGUGCAAGGAUACUGAAACAACUGAUCGGCAACUUCCGUGAACGAUGGCGACAUGAAUACCUGACGUCAUUACGCCAAUACCACCAGACGACAGGAAACAACACACAGACUAUAAAGGUUGGCGAUGUGGUGCAGAUAUACGAUGACUCACCAAGGACUCAUUGGAAACUUGGAACUAUAGAGCAGCUCAUCACCGGAAACGACGGUCUUACACGUGCGGCGACGUUACGCCUGAGUAAUGGACUUAUAACAUCCAGACCCAUUGUGAAACUCUACCCCUUGGAAGUAAGAUAG